AAGCGAUCAGUCGUAGCUCCGUGCUCAACGAAUAAACAUUAUAAUCGCUGGUAUCGAAUCUCGUUUACAGUGAAACGGAAAGGUGCGAUCGCGUGAUUUUUUAUGUACAUAAAUCUGCCAGACAUAUACGCAUACGUGUGAUUCGUUCAAGGCUGAAUCUUGAGCAGCAUUGAGGGUGCGAAACCUGCAUCAAAAUAUUCAACAACGAUUCGACUGUGCGAAAAUUGUUCGUUCCACUGUGAGAAGGCAUGUUUGCUAAAUUGUGAAAUAAAGGAAAGUGAUUUUCUCUCAAGUGAAGGAAUGUGGUAGAUUGGAUUAAAACACUACUGGUGCAGAGAGUUUUUCGUUAAAAGCAGCUUGAAUUGCAAAAUUUACCCACAGCAAGGAAGUAAUGAAGGCAACAUGAAUAUUCUGGGACAACCAAUGGCAUUAUUGCUACUGCUGCUGGCGUUUGAUGCGGCAUCAUAUGCAAAUGCGUUCAUCGUACCAGAGGAGUUACCUUCCAUUCUCUCCUUAGUCUACUCCAAUAUUCCACCGAUCAAGAAAGGAACGGACUCUCGGCUUGGAUUUGGCUUCCGAUUGGGUGAUCAUGCCGACUUCCAGGUGCAGUUCGAAAUCGGACCACAGCAGAGAACCAGAGCGAUAGGUACCACAUCCGGCAACAGCAAACGUAAUGUGGACAGCGACGAUUAUCAACAGUUCACGAGGAAACAACAGCAGAACAACAAUGACGGCAGGACGUGGAUUCACACAUGGUCCAAGGAAACCAAGAAGAAGCAACAGUUCAACAAAGAGAAACAUCGCGAUGCGCUUGCAACGUCUUCCGAGAUGCCGGCAUCACCAAUGAUUGACAAAGCGGCGUACAAUCAGCUGCAGCAGCUUUUCGAUAUGAACAAACCGAAAGAAGAUACGCAGGGAACGAUUCUCGCCGUCGAUUUAGACUCUACCCAAAGUGGUUCUGAGGUUCCAUUCAAACCGAUGCCACCCGAAACAGAUGCCAAUGAGGUGGAGACCGUGGUCAGUUUUAAACCACUUCCGAAAGAAACGAUGGCUGAUAAACCGGCAGACGAAAGUAGCACCAGAAAACCAUCAAGAAGCAGAAAUAACCCGAGUGCUGUCAGAAAACGGGAGAAAGACAAGAUAUCGGUGGAUUUGGCUGAUGUGUCCCUGGAUUAGGUUGGAUGAAAAUGUGAAUGAGUGAGUCGUGCUAACAAAUGUAAAUACUGGUGUUCAGGAUGUGAUAAUUAUUAUUUAUUUUAUUACUGAAAAACAAACACGAAAGCAGGUUGGUUAUAUUGGGAGAAAAUUGUGAAUAAUCUGCAAUUAGGAAAGAGGACAAUCAAUCUGGGACUAAUGGCUUUAA